UCGAAAGCUUUGGAAGAGAAAAGGAAGACAUCUGUAAAGAAGAAGCCAUACAGAUAUUGCAUCUUCUGUCACAAGAUGAAGUCCUGUCUACGGAAGCAUAUGGAAAUUCGGCACAAAGAGAAUGAAAGAGUGCGUGAUGCUCUGAUGAAAUCGAAGAAGUUGAGGGAUGAAUUAUUCGACAAAUUUCGAAAAGAAGGCAUUCUGCUCUUCAACAAAGAAGAGUCGAGGAAAGAUAAUCCCAAAUAUCUAAGGGAGCGGGCUUGUCAGCCAGAGAAUGAAAAAGAUCAGAUCGUGAUGUGCUCGGUUUGUCAUGGCUUCUACCGAAAAAUAUACCUCAGAAAGCACAUGGCAAAAUGCAAGACGCACGAGCCCAUCAGAGGUGCCCCAAUUCCCAUGUCUUUGCUGUCGAUGAACACCUCCGACCAAUCUGUUUUCGCUCAAGAAGUUCUGGCAAAGUUCAGAAAAAGUGAAGUAUCUACCAUAUGCAAGAAUGACAAAGUCCUAUUGACAAUCGGAAGACGACUGUGGGAAAAGAAAAGAAAAAAAAUCAACAAGGACGACAAUAGAAAAAGUGUUAUGACAGACAUGAGAAGGCUGGGGAGAUUGUAUUUAGCGUUCAGGAAGACAGAGGAUACACUUGGUGAACUGCCUAUCAAGAGAGGAGAUAUUUCAGAUGUAUUCCAAAGAGAGAACUGGGUUCAUUUAGAGCAGGCCGUUGAAUCAUGCACAAUCAAAGAAGAUGGGAAAACAAUCAAGGUAGCUUUGAAGUUAGGAUUGUUAUACCUGAUCAGGAAUGCCUGCAAAAUCCUUAAGGGGACCUAUCUGAUCCAAGAUGAGGACAGCCGUGCAGAAGACAUAGACAAAUUCUUGUCCGUGCUGGACCUUAACCAAAGCUACCUCUUUGGCGACGCGACAUACCACGUGAAUAAAAAAAGAGGGUCGAAAUUGAGGAGGCCUCCAGAAUUGCAAAAAGAGCAUGUCUCCCAGAACUUCCUGCAUGCAGGAGAAACCAACAAAAAUGUGUACCAGGCACCCCUAACGGUGAGAGAACUCGAUGUUGUUGGACAUCGCUUGGAAUCUAUUCAUGAAGAAUCUGCUGAUCAGAUAAAUGUCCAAAGUCUUCAUGUGGAUCUGAUGCAGGCUCUCUCAAAAGAUAAUCCUAACCCAAUAAAAGUUCUCAAAAUUUUGGACGAUGUAGACAAGAUCAAUAGUCUCAAUCCCAGCCUUCUUCAAGCCCAUCCAGACUUUGUAAAGACCAUCAAACAGGUAUGCAAGUACAAGUUUAGCGAUACAGUGCGUGAGAGAGCACUUUCGCUCUUCAACAAGCUCAAGUUGAUUUCUCAACAAGGCACAACAGAUAUUGCAGACCAAGUUCCCAACGAAGAUAAUGAAUGCGAUGAUGAUGACGACAGUGACGAGGACUACGCACCAUCAUCGAGCAAAGCAGAUCUAUUUGACGGAGACACUCGCAUCAUGCGAAGUCACACCAGGAGAUGUCUUCAAGACAAUGCAGAACCUAAGCAAGGCUAUAAACAACUGAAAAAAAGUGCUACAGUGGAGGCAGUUGAACAAAUUCCAUUAUCGAAAGCUUUGGAAGAGAAAAGGAAGACAUCUGUAAAGAAGAAGCCAUACAGAUAUUGCAUCUUCUGUCACAAGAUGAAGUCCUGUCUACGGAAGCAUAUGGAAAUUCGGCACAAAGAGAAUGAAAGAGUGCGUGAUGCUCUGAUGAAAUCGAAGAAGUUGAGGGAUGAAUUAUUCGACAAAUUUCGAAAAGAAGGCAUUCUGCUCUUCAACAAAGAAGAGUCGAAGAAAGAUAAUCCCAAAUAUCUAAGGGAGCGGGCUUGUCAGCCAGAGAAUGAAAAAGAUCAGAUCGUGAUGUGCUCGGUUUGUCAUGGCUUCUACCGAAAAACAUACCUCAGAAAGCACAUGGCAAGAUGCAAGACGCACGAGCCCAUCAGAGGUGCCCCUAUUCCCAUGUCUUUGCUGUCGAUGAACACCUCCGACCAAUCUGUUUUCGCUCAAGAAGUUCUGGCAAAGUUCAGAAAAAGUGAAGUAUCUACCAUAUGCAAGAAUGACAAAGUCCUAUUGACAAUCGGGAGACGACUGUGGGAAAAGAAAAGAAAAAAAAUCAACAAGGACGACAAUAGAAAAAGUGUUAUGACAGACAUGAGAAGGCUGGGAAGAUUGUAUUUAGAGUUCAGGAAGACAGAGGAUACACUUGGUGAACUGCCUAUCAAGAGGGGAGAUAUUUCGGAUGUAUUCCAAAGAGAGAACUGGGUUCAUUUAGAGCAGGCUGUUGAAUCAUGCACAAUCAAAGAAGAUGGGAAAACGAUCAAGGUAGCUUUGAAGUUAGGAUUGUUAUACCUGAUCAGGAAUGCCUGCAAAAUCCUUAAGGGGACCUAUCUGAUCCAAGAUGAGGACAGCCGUGCAGAAGACAUAGACAAAUUCCUGGCCGUGCUGGACCUUAACCAAAGCUACCUCUUUGGCGACGCGACAUACCACGUGAAUAAAAAAAGAAAGUCGAAAUUGAGGAGGCCUUCAGAAUCACGAAAAGAGCAUGUCUCCCAGCACUUCCAGCAUGCAGGAGAAACCAACAAAAAUGUGUACCAGGCACCCCUAACGAUGAGAGAACUCGAUGUUGUUGGACAUCGCUUGGAAUCUAUUCAUGAAGAUGGUGGAGCUUCUAUCGUGCCUGUGUCUGAAAUCACCCACCACGAUGAAAUCCUUCCCCCCAGAGGCAGGGCAGAAGUGCAGGCUUUCCUUAACACACAGGUAAACUUUCCUCAUGAUCUGAAGACAGUUCAGACAAAGCUGAAGAACGAGGCAAGAAAAAUAAAAAAGAGGACAGUUAAAAAGAGGAAAACACUCUAGAGUCUUUCCUAGGGUGCAUAUGAGCAAUUCCACUUUGGUAUUUCACCUAGAUUUGAAUUAUCUUUUUGACCAACUUAAAUGCAGAAGCUUUCACGAGCAUUAUUAAACCCAUCACCGGUGGUUUACUGUACGAAACAUCCAAAUUGUGUUUAGGUAGAAAGAUUUCUUGAGUAAAUUGGGUGUUAUGCAGUGAGGGAAGCCUGUUUUUGUUUGUUAGAUGUCUUUACGUGCAUUUCCCAAUCCCAGAAGCUUGCAUUAAAAAAAAUUUCCAGUAAAUACAAGUGGUGGAGGGGUUGAUAAAAAUGAUUAUGCAUUAUAAUUAUUUUCUCUACAUCUUCCUGGUAUAUUUCUCAUUACAUGUGGCCAAGAUGAAUAUUGAUGACAGUGACCAAAUGUUCAUUUUAGUAAGGUUUUAGGGCAUUUUAUGGAGGGUGAAAACCUGGAAUAACCUGGAGUUUGUGAAUUUUAAUUAUUUAAUCGUAUUUUUCCAUUCAUGUUCCAAUGGAGAAACUACUACGGUGCUAGGUGUAGGCCUAUGUGAUUUAAGUUGGUUUUUACGCAAUGUGGUCAGUAUGUGAAAUAAUGAUGUUUGACUGUUGUAUAAACCAUCAUUAAACCAACAAGCUAUCCCUGAUGCAGGAGUGCUUUUGUGGAAACCUAAGAGAUCAAUGUUUUGAGGCGUUCACCACUCCAUUGCAUUCCAUUUCGAGCCAUAUAUUUGAAAAAGAUUUUACAAACUUUACAUCUAUAUAAUUCUUUGACUUUGUUGACAUUCUUCUAUUGAUAUGCAGGAUUUUAAGUAGUCAAAGUUAAUGUUGGGAAGGUUUUUUUCUCAUUUCUCAAUCUUCAAUAAGUAGGCUACAAUAGUGAAGGAGGGUUCGGUUAAAUGCACUACAACAUGUAUAUAAUGUAAAUAAUUGCAUUUUAGCCCAGAGGGAGUCUGGGAAUUUAGUUUUGCAGUUCUUCGGCCACAAUGGUGUUCCCGUUAAAUGUUGGGCGUGCCGUCGUUAUUCGCAGUCUAAAAGAAGUGUUAACAUUAUUAAUAUGUAAUGGAUAGCAUAUUUUUAACACUUCAAACUCAUGUAAAUAUGGGUCGUUGGGAAAAUUAGAGCCUCGGCCAAAAAUUACUUGCUGAGCAUAAAUUAAAUUGAGUAUCAGAAGGUUACUCAUGACACUUAGGAAUAUAUUUAUAUAUAUAUAAAACAUCUAAUUAACUAUUGGUCUGAAAGAACUUUAAUGUACUCUGGAAAACAACUCUAUUCAAUUCUUUUCAAAUUUGCAAAUAAUGAAAAAAACGUCAUUUUUAUUCAAUUACAUAGGAUUUAUUAAACCUGACAAAAUUAUUGGAGAACAAAUGUGUCAAGUAUAUUAUAAAGACAGUGUUAAGAUCUCGUGUUAACAUGACUGAAAUCUUCAUUCAAGAUAUCGAAGAUUAGAAUAUUUUUAACUGAUUCUUAUUUAGAAAGCUUAACUUUUCAUAUGCUCAAAUUAUUCUUGACUUAUCCCUUUAACCAAUUCAGGACAGGUAUUAUUCAAGUUUAAAGUGAUCACAUUUUGUUCUUCACAUUGUAUUUCUAUAUAAAAUAUAGAAAUAUUCUUGUAUCUUUAGAAUUACAAUAAAAUCUGUAUUCCGAAAAUUGUCUUAACUUUUCUUGUAACUUUCACUGAGCACGUAUGAUGUCAGAGAUAUACCGGAAAUGAUGUGCAAAUGCUUUACAAAAGAAGACAUUCCAAUGACAUUAUAACGACGGAUUGGUAGACUUUUCAGCAAUUAAAAAUUGGUGUUCGAGAGGAUGAAUCUUUUCAGAGAAAAUAUAUCUUUGAGAAGAGCCACAUGUAUUUUUAGCACAGAA